AUGUCCAACUACGGCACCAACAACCACAGCCACCGCGACGAGGAGAACCAGGCCCUUCUUAACGGCCAGCCCAUCGUCGUCGUCGAGGAGACCACCUUCUUUGGCCGCACCUUCACCCACGUCCACCACCACCGCAAGAGAUACUUUGCCCUCUGGCUCCUCGCUGCCGUUUCGGCCAUUAGCAUCGUUCUUGGUCUCUACCACUACCACAAGAGCCAGGGUAACGACGUCUUCAACCUCAACGGCAAGAAGGACCACGUCUGCGAGUCUGACCGCUCUUACCCUAUCGCCAUCCUUUUGUCCAUCUUCUUUGGAUACGUCGGAAUUGACCGCUUCUACCUCGGAUACAUCAUCUCGUCGUUGUUGAAGCUCGCCACCGCCGGAGGAUUCGGUAUCUGGUACAUCAUCGAUAUCAUCCUCAUCGUCAUCGGUGGUCUCCCCGAUCACAACGGAUGCUCCCUCAUCGCUCCCUAA